AUGACAAACAAAGCCUUAUACAAUAUCAACGUUGAAAAUACCAACUCUGAUUUGUAUGUCACAUAUACAUUACUGGGUAUCAAGAAUGCGCUCUCACAUUACGUCCUAGUUAAGUCAGCAGUGAUACAACUAUAUGCACUGCUUGAUGACGCUAAGUGGAUCAUGUUGUGGUCUCAACCAAGAGAUCAAUGUGCCGUAUAUGGUCUGUGUGGUGGUUACGGACGCUGCGAGCCCAACAAUAUUCAAUUCUGUAGUUGCGUGGAAGGUUUCACCCCAACAGACAAUCGAGCCUGGGAUUCGCGGGAGUCGUGGUCCAGUGGCUGUGUUCGGCAGAGUCCCUUAAAUUGUGAUGCCAAAAAUGGCAGCACGGACGGAUUCCUCGAGCCGAGUGUCACGUCGCCUGAUGUUUAUUCGGCUUCCUCGUACCCUGCAACCACAAGGAAAGAUUGCCAGAAAUCCUACUUCCUCAACUGCUCGUGCACAGCGUUUACUUUCAAUCCGUCUUCAGGACUCUGCCACAUCUUGUCUGGAGAUUUGUUAAACACGCGUAAGUCUUUUACAUCAAAAAGGAGUUCAAACGUUUUUAUUCGAGUCGCUGCCUCUACAGUUCCGAAGACUGAUCCACCGUACUCCCCGAAACGCAGAACCGCAAUUAUUGUUGGUGCUCUCGCCGUUGCAUUGGGUAUCUUUUCAAUUUUAAUGUGGCGGAGGCAUCGGCAGAGGCAGUGGCUACGGUCAAUGGAGAGGAUUGCAGAUUCCUCCAAUUCUUUUCUUAGAAUGUUUAGCUACAUGGAGUUGAAGAUUGCAACUAGGAAUUUUCUAUCAAGCAUAAUUUGGUAA